ACCCAUCGUUCCCGACUCUCACCCGCACCCGCACCUGGAGGACCCGGGGGACAUCCGCCAGCUGCUAUGGCCCGCCGAGCGGCUGCCGUACUACAGCAGCAAGAGCGGCGCGUUCCUGGGGACUAUCAACGCAAGGAUGAGGUCACGCCCUACCACGCUCACCGCGAGAGCGACGCAGCGCAGGUAUGCGCACGCCAUAUUGGAGAGUAUGCCGGUGGAUGGGAGGGAUCCGAUGUGGAGGGAGGGGGUUGCGGGUGCGGCCUGUGCGGCUGCGGGUGGGGACACGGGACUGUGGGAUUCCCCCGAUGAGCCGUUUCCCGAGGAGGGGGUGGCGGCGCAGUUGAGGCAGUAUGGGGAGGUUCGUUCCUUUUCUUCUAAUAUAUGGGUGGUGUGACGCUGAUGAUAACGCAGAUGUUUGCCUACCUCUCCCGCCUAUACGAGAAUGCUUUGAACUGCCCUCGGCAGCUCAAGCGGGCCGAGCAGAUUGUGCGGCGAGGCCGCGAGAUCCUGGCGGCUGUGCGGCUGCUGGCCGGACAGCCACGGAGGAAUCAUCCGCCCGCUGGAGGUACCGAGGCUAGGAAUACGAGUGAGGUUUCGCUGUGGGGCUGGCAGCCGCAUAGGGAGAUUGAGCUGGCGGAACGCGUCUGUGAGCGACGAAGGCUUAGGGCGGCGGAGGCUAGAGCGAGUGCUAGGGAACAGAAGACCCUGAGUAAACGCGGGCCGCCGAGGGAGUGGAAACUUAAACCUUCGUCUUCGGUUGAGGAUGAUGAUGAUGAUGAUGAUGAUGAUGAUGAUGAUGAUGAUGAUGAUGAUGAUGAUGAUGAUGGUGAUGUUGGUGGUGCCGUGCAGGCGGAGGAGGGCAGGGACGAUGGGGGAAACGAGGCGGGGGAGGGAAGGCAGAAGACCUGGGCUGAGGAAGAGCUGGAGCGGUCCAGAAGGCGGAGGGCGAAACUCGCAGCUGCGGUGACUUCGGACGAACCCAACGGCAUAAACCUUCCUCUCCUGUAUGGAGGCAACGACAGUAAGACCGAAUUACCUGUUGACCAACGCCCUCCAAUCCUCGUCUUCCCUCGACGGCCGGAGCCCAUUCAUUGGACUUAUCCCAAUUGGAACGACGGCUGGGACAUACCUACGCUCAGGCUACCGCCGCCUCAGAACGAAAAGUAUACCACCGCAGUAGUAUCGUCUGGAGAUCGGUUCCUGAGGACCCACACCAUAAAAGAUUCGAUCGAAUGUUUAUCCAUACCAGCGUAUCGCCGGCCAAUUUCGGAGCCCGUAUCACCGAAAACGGUGCCGGUUACUUCUCCAUUCACCACCACCACCGAGGAAUCCAGCUCGAAUUAUGCGACAACCGAUAGCGAGCAAAUAGCCCUGGCCGCGAGCCUAUCCCCGAUCACAACGCCAUCCACGACGAACCAGACAUCCUCGAGCAGCAACUCGAUGGGUUCCGGGAAUCCAACACUGCGCAAGUUUCGAGCCGCUUUCAAAAGCGUGUUCCCAAAUGGCCAGAAACGUCUUCCCUGGGCAUCAAAGCGAGGUGCCGCUUCCCUUCAGCCGUCUGCGCCGAUGGCCGUUUCGCCGCAGGAGGAGGAGCCUACGAAAGUCACCGAGAUUACGUUACGCUCGAAUAGAACCACCACCUUGGAAAGAGUCGACUCACUAAGCGGGACAGACCGUAGCGAAGGGGAGAAACUGACAAGGACCGAGAGAGAAUACCAAGAGAUCUUGGAGGCUCUACGAGGAACGAGGCGGGAGUUGAUGGUGGAAAGAGCUGAACGGCGGAGAUCGAGAAGCCGAGGCAGACGGUUGGAGCGGGGACGCAGCAUUUCGAGGAGCAAGAGCAAGGAAACCGUGAGGCAGAGCCGGGAGACUGUCAGGUGGUGGCUGGGAGAGGUGCAUCUGGCGGAAUAGCUGUGACGGAUGGUGUCCGAGGCUUGUCCAUACGCAGUUGCGGUUGCUAAUGCUUUAGGUGUUGACGGGUGUGGGGAUGGCAGCGCAGGUUUCCUAGUGGCCGGGUUUGGCUGCAGGUUAGGUCUGCAUUUGGGAGUGGCUUUUGGCAACGCCUCUUUUUUGUACAGAAUUGAACGGCGAGUUCAUCCAAGUUCCAACUUGGAGCUGAAGCUCCGUCGAACUCCCCGUGAAGCUGCCCGCGUAUAUGUCGGCAAUCAUUGACACAUCUCUG